AGGAGCCUUGCACAAUUUGCCGCAUCACUACUAUGCGGGCUUCACCCAUUUCUGGCAACUGGGAACUGGGAUCGAAAUUUCAAAAGCUUUGUAAGGACUCAAAGUUCCAAGAGCUUAGGUUCAAAGUGUCACUGACUCACUGACGUUUUGCGGUGCUGAUGGUGCAACAAGAUGCAAGAUCAUAGGAAAAGGAUAGAAUAUAGCGUAAGGUCGUAAGGUGAACUAGGAAGAGAAAUGCCAAUGGCACGCCAGAUGGAUCGCAGCUACAGCUACUGGCUACAGCUGCCGCAGAUUAUUGUAUGGUGCAUCCCCAAAGAGCUGACGUCCAAGGUUCGAGAAGAUGGCGGCGGAAGCGGGCCUGGAAGCUGCAUGGGGAUACCAUUUCGAAACCAUGGGAAAACGUAUCCAGCGGUCCUUGCAGUCCGAGGAGUGUUUGAGUGGGCUUUUUGGUGGAUCCUCAGCAGCUGCAUGGAGAUAUCAUGCCACCGUAGAUUUACCGAAUAUUUUGGAGCAUUUGCGCUCCUGCCAGAGCAGCCCAGAAGGUGCGGUGGACCAGGCCUUUCCUUCCGGCAUUCGAGCUGUGCUUAUCAAAGCGGAAAAAGGUGUCGAUGAAAA